GCAGGCAAUCUGAACGCAGUGUUGUACUAUGCUAGUCAAACUUAUCGAUCUUACCACUCGGCUUCCUUACACAGCUCACGUCACUCCGCACGAAGAGUCGCUCGCCCACGACGUCAAAAUCAGCGAUGAAAUCCAAUCGAGCCCAUAUCUCGGAGUAAUAGUGACCCCCCUUACUUGAUCCUGAUCGCUAACGGGCUUGAUGGUAAGCUCAGGGAGGCUGAACGAUUAUCUCGUGAAUGUAGCCGACAUAAAGAAGAAGUGGGAGUGAGCAUCGAGGAAUACUCAAAAUCACAAUGUCUUACUCUCUGCUCGAUGAUGCAAGAGAAACUGCCUCGCGAGCUGAGAGAUAUGGUCUACGAAGCCCUACUUGGUGAACCUCAGAACUACUACGUCGACGACGAUGGAGGCAGUUCCGGAAAUCUUUGGCCAGCUAACACUGUGGUCUACAAUCCUCACAUCGGUGACAAGACGUUCGUCGGUGAAGAAAGACUCACUGAGUUGGCGGAAAUGUGGUAUCGACACUCAGUCUUCAAGCUCUUUGGAGAUGCUACCGUGGCUUCUCUAUUCCGCAACCAAUCCUGGGCACUGCCUGAUCUUGACCCCACUCGAUUGAUACGCCACGUAUACAUUUGUCUAAACCCCAGAGAUCGUUAUGGUAAGGUAACGGACGAGGCUGUGGAAGCUGGGAAAGAGCUUCUUCUGCCAUCGGACUUCGAGCAGCUUGCGCAACUGCAGCAACUGGCGACCUUCACAAUCGGUAUCUACUUCGGACAUUGGUACUACCAUGGUGAGACGAGAGAAGACAUGAAGAUCUCCGUCGAUGCAAUGUCCAGAAGGGUCUUUCCAGUGUUGAAGCAUUUAAUCGCUUCCGGCGUGGGCGUCGCUGUUAAGAUAUACAAAGCGGAGCCUGUAAAAGUGGGAUUGGAGCAUCUCGAUAGCGAGGGUUGGUCGAAGCUGCUUCGUGGAGUGCAUCGCCGACAGUGAAACAAGGCCCAAGAUCACUCACUUGAAAGGAUUACGGCCAAUAUGGAUGGGUAUGAGAAGAUACCUAGAAAUCUUGAUUGUGUCUAGUUCA